AUGAGUUUUGUCGCUCCGCAAAAACAUGUCGACAAGUCGGAUCUGCGCGCCGACUUUGCCGCCGCCAUGUCGGCCAUGUACAAGGCAGAGGUUCCUCUGUAUGCCGAUUUGAUCGAAAUCGUCCAAGAUAUCAAUCAAUCUUUAAUCAGCUGCAGCAGCCUAGCCAGCAACCUGGAGCGCUUGACCACCGAGAGACAUGGUGCGAUCCGCCUGGGCACGGCGCAUGAGCUGCACACAAUCCAGAGGAUAUUCAAGUUGCUGGACAUGCACCCUGUCGGCUACUACGACCUAUCCGUUGCUGGUCUUCCCAUGCACGCUACAGCAUUCCGGCCAACCUCGGUCGCGAGCUUGGAGAAGAACCCAUUCCGAGUCUUCACGACGCUUCUGCGGCCCGAGCUGCUUGCCUCCGCGAGAGCCCGCGCCCUGGCCAAGGCGCUCCUAGCCCGUCGCAACAUAUUCUCCGACGCGCUGGUGCGCAUGCUCGACACGGCGGACUCUCAGGAUGGGCAGCUGACCGAUGCACAAGCCAAGGUGUUUGUCGGCGAGGCGCUUCGCACCUUUAGCUGGCAACCCGUGGCCGCCUCUACGGACAGGGAAUACGAGAUACUCAAGGCGGAGCACCCGAUCCUCGCAGACAUUGCAUGCUUCAAGACGGCGCACAUCAACCAUCUCACCCCGCGCACGCUCAACAUAUCGCGGGCUCAAAGGACCAUGGUGGAGCGCGGCAUGCGGGCCAAGGAGCGCAUCGAGGGCCCUCCGCCCCGAGCAUGCCCCAUCUUGCUCCGCCAGACGAGCUUCCUGGCCCUCGAGGAACAGGUCAGCUUCUACACCGACGCCGACGCCGGCUCGCUGGUGCCGUCGACGCAUACCGCACGCUUCGGCGAGAUUGAGCAGCGUGGGGCGGCGCUCACGCCGACCGGCCGGGACCUGUACGACGCUCUUCUCGCCGAGAGCGCGGCCCAGUCGUCGGCGGGUCUCGGCCCCGCGGCGGCGGACGCGGCAGCCAAGCAAGUCUUUGCCGCCUUUCCAGACACAUGGGAGUCUCUGCGCGGCCAGGAUUUAAUCUACUGCAGAUAUGCGGUGGUCAAGAGGCUGGAGCGAAAACCCGCUUUCACCGGUGCGCACAAGACGCUGCUGGACCAGUUGGUCGCGGACGGCUGCGUCGAGGCUGUGCCCAUUACGUACGAGGACUUCUUGACAUUCUCUGCCGCCGGCAUCUUUCGCUCGAACCUGUCUUCUGCAUCAAGUUCGGAGGAUGAUCUGAGUGCUCAGAAAGGUGGUCCGGACCAAGCUGGGCUGGAAUCGGCGUUGGGGGCGCCUUUACUGGACAUUUAUGAGUGGUAUGAUGGCGUGCAAAGAGCUAGUCUGGAGGCGGUGGGUAGAGAAUUGGGGGUUGAUCUCACUGAACUAACUAUAUAG